AUGGUGGGACGCAUGACGGCGGCGGUGGUGGUGGCCGCCGCGGUGGCGGUGGCUUUGUGGGUAUGGCCUGGUAGUGUGGGGCUGGUUGGUCAUGGUAAAUCCGAAGCGGGCUCGCCCGCCUCAUCUGGACGCGCCCGGCGGCCCAUUGAGCAAUUAAGCAUCGGGGUGAAGCGUCGCGCCGAGGAUUGUGGCAUCAAGACGCGCGUUUACGAUGCGCUGGCCAUACACUACACGGGCUGGCUACACGCUACCGGCGAGGAGUUUGACUCGAGCAUUCCUCGUGGCGACCCGUACAUCUUUACGUUGGGUGCGGGCCAGGUUGUGCCCGGUUGGGACCAGGGCCUUGUUGGGAUGUGCAUUGGUGAUGUCCGUAAGCUAAGCCUGCCGGCCGAGCUGGGCUACGGGGCAUCGGGCGUGGCCGGCAAAGUGCCGCCCAACGCGGAUCUAAUUUUCGAGAUUGAGUUGCUCAACAUUGAGCGUCGCACUGGUCCGUGA